AUGGCCAGGAAGCUCACUGUCUUGGAAAUCCUUCUGAUCAUCUUCAUCCUGAUUGCAGUCAUCGCAGACAUCCUGUUGCUGUUCCUUGUGCUGGAGGAUCCUUCAGGUUCUUCGUUUACUCCACAGUGUCCCAAGAUCCCCCAGUCGGAAAGGGUCGACUGCUUGCCUCACCGGGUGGUGACAGAGGAUGUCUGCAGGAGGCAGUACAAGUGCUGCUGGGACCCUGUGGCAGACACCAAUGCCCCUCGAUGCUUCUUCCCCAGAAACUGGGGCUAUGAAGUCAGCAGUGGCCUUAGAAAUACCAGCACAGGGUUUACUGCCCAGUUAAAAAAGGUACCAUCCCCAUCUCUGUUUGGAAAUGAUGUCUCCAAUGUCCUGCUCACAGCUGAAUUUCAGACAGCCAAUCGUUUCCACUUUAAGAUUACUGAUGCCAAUGAGAUUCGUUAUGAGGUGCCCCAUGAAAACAUCAAGUCCAGUAAUGGGACUGCUGAUUUUUUGAACUACCACGUAACGGUCACCAAUAAGCCCUUCAGCAUCAAAGUAAUGAGGAUGAGCAACAGAAGAGUCCUGUUGGACACAAGCAUCGGGCCCCUCCAGUUUGCCUAUCAGUACCUGCAGCUGUCUUUCCGCCUUCCCAGUGCCAACGUGUACGGGCUGGGAGAACAUGUGCACCAGCAGUACCGCCACAGCAUGGACUGGAAAACCUGGCCCAUCUUCACACGGGACACAGCCCCCAUCGCGGGCCCAAUCAAUCUGUAUGGAGCACAUACAUUCUUCUUGUGCCUUGAAGAUGCCAGUGGCUUCUCUUUUGGAGUUUUCCUGAUGAACAGUAAUGCUAUGGAGGUCGCCCUCCAGCCAGCCCCAGCAGUCACUUACCGCACCACUGGGGGUGUUCUUGACUUCUAUGUGUUCCUGGGAAACACUCCAGAGCAAGUGGUUCAGGAAUACCUGGAGCUUGUUGGGCGACCAUUCUUGCCUUCCUACUGGAGUCUUGGGUUCCAGCUUAGUCGCAGGAAUUAUGGCGGCAUCACUGGAUUGCAAGAGGUUGUGAAGCGAAAUCGUGAAGCUGGGAUCCCAUAUGAUGUCCAGUACUCAGACAUAGACUACAUGGAUGGAAGGAAAGACUUCACUAUUAAUGAACAGACUUACCCCAACCUUUCAGAUUUUGCAAAAGAAUUACAUGAGAAUGGACAGAAAUACAUAAUUAUCAUGAAUCCUGGCAUCUACAAGGACCCCACCUACACCGCCUACAACAAUGGAAGUAUAAAAAGAGUGUGGGCUUUGGACAGCAAAGGCUUUGCAGUCGGGGAGGGCUACCCAGGCCAAGUGGUCUUUCCUGAUUUCAGCAAUCCAGUAUGCACCCAGUGGUGGACAGAGCAACUCAGUGACUUUCAUAACCGCCUGGAGUUUGAUGGCUUAUGGAUUGAAAUGGAUGAAGUCUCUAGUUUUCUCCAAGGUUCUGAUCAAGAGUGUGAAUCAAACAUCUUGAACUUCCCUCCCUUUGUGCCCAGCAUUCUGGACAGCUUACUGUUUGCCCGAACCCUCUGCAUGGACACGGAGUUUAACUGGGGCCUUCACUAUGAUGUCCACAGCUUAUAUGGCUACUCCAUGGCAAGAGCUACAGACACGGCCAUGGAGACCAUCUUCCCCAGUAAUAGGAACUUCAUCUUAUCUCGUUCAACUUUUGCUGGAUCUGGCAAAUUUGCUGCUCAUUGGCUGGGAGACAAUGAAGCCACAUGGAAUGACCUGCGGUGGUCAAUCCCCAGUGUCCUGGAGUUCAAUCUGUUUGGGAUUCCCAUGGUAGGUGCUAACAUCUGUGGGUAUGCAAGAGAUGUCACAGAAGAGCUCUGCAGAAGGUGGAUGCAGCUUGGAGCUUUUUACCCACUGUCAAGGAAUCACAAUGGUCCUGAUUUCCGGGACCAGGACCCCGCUGCCUUUGGUUUUGACUCUCUGCUAUUGAAUUCCUCCAGACAUUAUCUGAAUGUCCGCUACAUGUUGCUGCCCUAUCUCUACACCCUCUUCUACCGGGCUCACACUCUGGGGGAGACAGUAGCAAGACCCUUGGUGCAUGAGUUCUACCAGGACCCAAACACAUGGGACGUGCAUGAACAGUUCUUGUGGGGGCCUGGACUCCUCAUCACACCUGUUUUAUAUGAAGGUGUGGACCACGUGAAAGCAUACAUACCUGAUGCCAUCUGGUAUGACUAUGAGACUGGAGUGGCUGUUCAAUGGAGGAAGCAGUUUGUGGAUAUGCUACUCCCUGGGGACAGGAUCGGGCUCCAUCUUCGAGGGGGCUACAUAUUCCCUACCCAGCAGCCAAACACAACCACGGAGACCAGCCGGAAGAACUCCCUGGGACUCAUUGUCGCCUUGGACUACAAGAGAGAAGCAAAGGGAGAGCUGUACUGGGAUGAUGGUGCGGCUAAAGAUGCUGUAGCUGAAAAGAUGUAUAUUACGUAUGAUUUCUCUGUUACUUCUAAUCGUCUACAGGCAAAGAUUACAAAUAACAAUUACAUGGAUCUCAACCACCUCAUGUUUACAAAUAUCAGGAUCUUCGGAAUGGACAAGGAGCCAACAAACUUUGUUGUCUUAUCUAACAGUGCUACCACCCCCAUUUCAAGCACUGUUUACAAUGCUGCCAAACAGGUGGUGACCAUCACUGAUCUUGAGGGCUUGGCUCUGGGACAGGAAUUCUCUAUUGAAUGGACUCUCCCAGUCAGUGACCUGGAGAAGUUCAGCUGCUACCCAGAGAACCCUGCUUCUGAGGAGAGCUGCAGGCAGCAGGGGUGCCUUUGGGAGCACACAACUACUCCUGGCGUGCCCAGCUGUUACUAUGACACCAUCCCUCGCUAUGCUGCCAGUGAUAUUCAAUACCUGCCCACGGGUAUCACCACAGACCUUACGCUCCUGGGGACCAGGGCAUCGGCACGGGCAGCAGCAGGUCCAUUGUCACCGGCAGCAGCCUCUAGGGUCACAGAUCCUCUCUCUGGAGAGAUCAGUUCCCUCAAAUUGAGUGUGAUCUUCCACACAGAGAACAUGCUGCAGGUCAAGAUCUGUGAUUCCACUGAACAAAGGUAUGAGGUCCCGGUGCCUCUGAACACCCCUCCCUCACCAAAUGACUCCCCUGAGAGCCGCCUGUAUGAUGUCAGGAUUCAGACCAAUCCUUUUGGAAUCCAGGUUCUACGGAAAAGCUCCGGCACUGUGAUUUGGGAUUCUCAACUCCCCGGCUUCAUCUUCAGCGACAUGUUCCUUUCCAUUUCCACUCGCCUCCCCUCUCAGUACAUCUAUGGCUUUGGGGAGACUGAGCACACGAUGUUCAGAAAAAACAUGAGCUGGAGCACUUGGGGGAUGUUUGCCCGUGAUAACCCACCAGAGUACAAGAAGAAUUCCUAUGGUGUCCAUCCCUACUACAUGGCGUUGGAAGAGGAUGGCAGUGCCCACGGCGUGCUCCUGCUGAACAGCAAUGCCAUGGAUGUGACACUCCAGCCCACACCUGCCCUGACAUACCGCACCGUGGGAGGGAUUUUGGACUUUUACAUGGUUUUGGGACCAACCCCUGAGCUUGUAACUCAGCAAUACACUGAGUUGAUUGGUCGACCCACAAUGAUUCCGUACUGGGCCUUGGGAUUCCAGCUGAGUCGCCAUGGAUACCAGAAUGAUUCUGAAGUUUCCAGUUUGUAUCAUGCAAUGGUGGCAGCCCAGAUUCCCUACGAUGUGCAACAUGUAGACAUCGAUUAUAUGGACCGGAAGCUGGACUUCACCGUCAGCCCCCGCUUUCAAAACCUUGGUCUCCUGAUUGAGCAAAUGAAGAAAAAUGGCAUGAGAUUUGUUCUCAUUCUGGACCCAGCAAUUUCUGGCAAUGAGACACAUUAUCUCACAUUCACUAGAGGACAGGAAGACAAUGUAUUCAUCAAAUGGCCUGAUACCAAUGACAUUGUAUGGGGAAAGGUUUGGCCAGAGCUACCCAAUGUCAAUAUAGAUGAGGCCCUUGACCACGAGACUCAGGUUAAGCUGUACCGGGCCCACGUUGCUUUCCCCGACUUCUUUCGUAGUAGCACAACUGCAUGGUGGAAGAAUGAGAUACAAGAGCUCUACACAAACCCUCGAGAACCAGGGAAGAGCUUGAAAUUCGAUGGAUUGCGGAUUGGCAUGAAUGAACCAUCAAACUUUGUGACUGGAUCUGUUGUGGGUUGCCACAGUGAAAUUCUCAAUAACCCACCCUACAUGCCAUAUUUGGAAUCUAGGGACCAAGGCCUGAGCAACAGGACCCUGUGCAUGGAGAGUGAGCAGAUCCUCCCGGACGGCUCCAGAGUGCGUCACUACGACGUGCACAGCCUGUACGGGUGGUCCCAGACCAGGCCCACCUACGAAGCUGUGCAGGAGGUGACAGGCCAGCGAGGAAUUGUCAUCACCCGCUCCACAUUCCCCUCUUCUGGACGCUGGGCAGGACAUUGGCUGGGGGACAACACGGCUGCGUGGGACCAGCUGGGGAAAUCAAUCAUUGGAAUGAUGGAGUUCAGUCUCUUUGGGAUACCUUAUACAGGAGCAGACAUCUGUGGGUUCUCUGGAGAUGCUGAAUAUGAGAUGUGUAUUCGCUGGAUGCAACUGGGGGCCUUUUAUCCACUUUCCUGGAACCACAACACCAUCGGGACAAGGAGACAGGAUCCUGUAGCCUGGAAUUCAACCUUUGAGAUGGUCUCAAGAAAAGUCCUGCAAACGAGGUACACCCUGCUGCCUUAUCUCUACACCCUGAUGCACAAAGCUCAUGCCGAGGGCAGCACGGUGGUCCGACCCCUCCUCCACGAGUUUACAGAUGACAGAUCAACUUGGGAUAUAGACCAUCAGUUCAUGUUGGGCCCUGCCAUCUUGGUCAGCCCUGUGCUGGAAAGUAACACUUUUGAGAUCACAGCUUACUUUCCCAGAGCCUGGUGGUAUGACUACAGCACGGAGUCUGGCCACAAGUCUAUAGGUGCUUGGGAAAUGCUGAAGGCUCCCCUUGACCACAUCAACCUCCACGUCAGAGGAGGCUACAUUGUGCCAUGGCAAGAGCCUGCGAUUAACACUCACUCCAGCCGACAAAAUUUUAUGGGAUUGACUGUUGCUUUAGAUGAUGAUGGGAAAGCUGAAGGUCAGAUAUUCUGGGAUGAUGGACAAAGCAUCGAUACCUAUGAAAAUGGAAACUACUUCCUGGCCAGCUUUACAGCAUCUCAGAAUAUCUUGAAAAUCCAAGUCAUACACAAUAAGUAUUUAAGUGACUCAAACCCUCUGAAAGUUGGAUAUAUUAAAGUUUGGGGUAUGAACUCUACUUAUGUGACCCAAGUCGUUUUCACCUAUGACAACCAGCAAUUCAUAGAGACCAACUUGAAGAAUGACCUGUCCCAUCAGACACUAACUAUUCAAUUAACCGACAAGAACAUCAACCUGGAAAAAUUAACUGAGGUUAUUUGGAUUCACGGUGAGCCAGUAGUUACCACUCCAACUGUGACGAGUGUCAGCCCCAUGAGUACUCAUCCAUCUCCAUCCACCCCCGAGGCUACCAGCGCUGAGACUGUCACUGCUUCCAGUAGUGCGGGUACUGCGGCGAACACUACUGCCACUGUUCUGGUCACAAGCACACCUUCUGCGAGUUCUACCCAUGUUACCACUGCUGCUAGUGUUUCUGUCACAAACAUUCCACCCCCUCCAAGUAGUACAACCACAACAGUCACUGCCACUGUCCCCACCACAUCCACACAUCCUACACCAAGUGCUAUUUUAACUAGAACUACUGCUACUUCUCCUUACACUACUGCUCCUUUCACCACAAGUACUAUUACCACUGGCAUUAGUACCCUCUCCCCCAUCCAAACUACAGACUAUGCAACAAGUAAUGUGGGUGUCACAACUACUCGCAUUAUUGUUCCUGAUACCACUACUCCUUUCCCUACUACUGAAAGGACUGGUACUACAGUUCCUAUGAGCACCGCUCCUUUCCCCCAAGAUGCUACGGAUGUCAGCACUAGCACUUCUGCCUCUGCGGUAGCUACUCCUCUCCCCACCACUGUGAGCACCAGCACUACUGUUCUCUUCACUUCCGGUUCCUUCCCAACAGCUACCGCUAGUGUUGCCACCAGUACCACUGCCCCUGGUACCACACCUUUCCCCACUCCUUUAAACACUAAUGCUACUGCUCCCAUCAGCACUGUUUCCUUCCCAACAAAUACCACCAAUGCCACCGUUGGUACUACUGCCCCUGCUACUACACUUGUCCCCACUACUGUGGGCACCAGUGCUUCUGCACCCGUCAGCACUGUUUCCUUCCCAACAGACACCACCAAUGCCACCAACAGCCCUGUUUCUCCUGGUACAACUACUCCUGUCCCUACGACAGUGAAUCCCAGUGCUACCGUUCCUCUCAGCACCAUUGCUUUCCCAGCAUAUACCACCAAUGUCACCACCCAUGAUGCGACUCCUUUCCCCACUACUGUGAGCACCAGUGCUCCUGUUCCUGUCAGCACUGUUUCCUCCCCAACAAAAAGCGCCGAAGUCACCACUAACACAGCUUCGUCUAAUGCUACUCCUUCCCCCACGUCUUCAAGCACUGGUGCUACUGGUUCUAUCACCACCAUUAGCUUCCCAGCAAAAACCACCAGUGCCACCACUAGUACUGUGGCCCCUGAUACUACGCUUAUCCCCACUACCGAGGGCACCAGCGCUCCUGCUCCUGUUAACACGAUUUCCUUCCCAACAAACACUGCCGAACUCACCACUAAUAUGACUUCGUCUGAUCCUACUCCUUCCCCUGCCUCUUUAAGCAUGAGUGCUACUGUUCCUGUCAGCACCGUUGCUUUCCCAACUAACACCACCAAUGCCACCACUAGUCCUAUUUCUCUUGGUACAAGGACUCCUUCCACUAUGACAGUGGAUUCCAGUGCUACUGUUUCUGACAGCACCAUUGUGUUCCCAACAUCUAUCACCAAUGCCAAUGCCACUGCUAGUACUACUGCCCCUAGUAUUACUACUGGGAGCACCAGUGCCUCUGUUUCUGUGAGCAGCAGUCCUUCCCCAACAAAUACCCCUGAGGUGACCACUAAUAGGUCAGCCCCAGAUCCUACUCCUUCCCCUGCCUCUUUAAGUUCUAGCACUACUGUUCCCGUCAGCACCCUUGCUGUCCCAACAAACACCACUAAUGUCACCGCUAGCACUGCCGUCCCUGGUGCUGCUACUCUCUCCUCUACUGUGAACGCUACUGCUGCUGUUGCCACCAGCACCACUUCUUCCCCAACAAACACUACCGGUGUCACCAGGAGCCCUAUUUCUCCUGAAACAACUACGCCUUUCCCCGCUGCUGUGAGCACCAGUGCUGCUGUCCCAGUCAGCGCCCUUUCUUUCCCUACAAAUACUACCAGUGUCACCACUAAUACAACUGCCCCUGCUACUUCCCCUUUCCUCACUCUUGUGGACACCAGUGCUACUGUUCCUGUUAGCACUACUCCCUUCCCAAUGAAUGCCACUGAUGUCACCACUAAUUCUACUGCCCCGGACACUACUUCUCCUACCACUUGUACUAGCACUAUUCUUCCUAGUGCCACUGUUCCUUCCUUGUCAAAUAAAACUAAUAUUAACACGUUUACUACAAUUCACAAUAUCAUGACCGAUUUCCCUACAAAUGCCAGUCAUGGUAAUAGUGCUUCUCUGAUUAGCACUUCCUUUUAUACAGGUACUGAUGACACGAGCCAUAAUAAUACACUUCCAAUGCCAACUACUUCUCCUAGGAGUAUUAGUGCUGAUUCUACUCUCGAUUAUUUCCCAGAAAGUACUGAUGCUAUGAACACUACUGAUACACGAACCACUACGAGUUCUGAUACUGCUAACACUACCACUGAUAUUUCUACUAACAAAUUCUUCCAUUGUGUCUUCUGUACGAGUAAUACUGUCACGUCUAUGACCAUGUAUGAAAUUCCUCGCAUUCCUCCUAGCCAUAUGUUUAUUUCUGUUUUAAACUCUGUAUUACAAAUACUACAUCUACUAUUGACACCUACUAAUUUUAUGACCUAUACUAAUGCAAAUGCCACCUAUUUCAAACCCUUGAAUACAAAACCUACCAUGAAAAUAGAUGCUAACAUUGCUACUAAUGUGACAUCAACCUUGAUCAGCCAGAUCCCCAUCGAGAGAUUCUUGAUCAUUAUUAGACCUAGCCAGCUUGUUUCUACUGAAGAUUUAACAUUAGAUAAGUAUUCCCAAAGUGUGGAGUAG